AUGAAUGCCGAAAUAUGUAGGAACUUCCUUUUAGUAAGGACGAAAUUUCCCGAUCAAUUGAACAGCAACGGAAAGUAUUAUUUUAAUGAUGAUCAGCAUUUCAAAGAGUAUUGUUCUGGUAAUAAUUGUAGUAAUGAUCUCGAAAAAGUUAAUGCUGGAUGUUUAUUUUUGUUUGAUACAUUUUUUAAGGAUUCUUCUGUGUUUAAGUCGGUUGUAAAUAGUAACAUCAAUAUUGUUGAAUACAUUAUGAUAUGGUUAAGUUAUAUGUUAAACCUAAAGAAAAAUGAAGGAAGCGACAGUCUAACUUAUUUUUAUAAUACAAAUAUAAAUAAUGAUAAGUAUCAAAAGCCUAUAACUAAUGUUACGGAGUAUAAAAAUUAUAAGGAUCUUAUAGAUAAAAAAAAAUAUUUUUUGGAUAUGGAUAGUAAUAUUAUAUCUAAUUUUUAUGAAGCAUUUAAAUUAUUAUGUGAAAUGUAUACUGAAUUUGAUGAAAACAAGAAAGAUUGCACAGGAUGUUCGGAAAAAUCUAGUCAAUUUGCUAAGAAAUAUGAAGAACUUAACAAAGGUUCUAAUAUUAAUGAAGACAGUCCCUAUUAUCCACUAUUGUCUACUUUAUCAAAUGAUUAUAAUAAUUUUAAAAAUAAAUGUAACGAUACUUCAUCCUUUCCAGAGAUAGAAACAAGAAAAUUUUAUGGGCAAUUUUAUGAAGCUGUAUCAUCAAGUUCAUCGAUAGCAAACAAAUUAAUUCCAAUUUUAUCGAUAUUUGGUGCAAUAGCAAUUUUUUUAGGAAUUUCUUAUAAGUAUUCGUUAUUUGGAUUUCGGAAACGAGAUCAAAAACAAAAAUUAAGAGAAAAGCUAAAAAAAUAA